GGAGGUUUCACUGCUUUAAUGUGUUACCGUGCGGCGGGAGCGAUGUCGUGUGGGCAGCCCGAACCGGUACUGGAAGCGGCCAUGCACCAAGAUCUCCGGAUUUUUCACUUUAAUAUUGUUUUGUUGCUUUAAUUACGGAGUUUUUAUGUUUUUUCUAGCUAAAAUACCUGUUGCUUUGGGGGAGGCACUGCUCAUAUUGCCAGUAAGUGAAGUGCCCUCAAUCACAACCCCCCCCCGCCCUAAACCUAAAACCCAAGCCCAGGAGGAGAAGAUGGAGGAAGCAGAAGAGGAUGACAUGACAUGUGGAGACUUGGGAAAUGGACUUGGGAGAAGACCUGGAGGUGUUUAUGAAGGGGAAAAUUUACAAAACUCCUCUUCAUUUAGAUCUAGGAAGGGGUCUGGAAAGGUCUGCAGUUCUCUCUUUUCAGCAAGGAGAGUGGAAGAAAGUGAUGCUGCAGCUCUUCCCAUUUCCGAAAGAAACAGUUUCUACAACGGAUCAUCCAAAAAGCCUGUUGCUAGUUCCACACGACAAAAUAGCUGCGAGUCUAAUGCUGAAAUGUCAAAUGAAGAACUAAAGCAACGACUUCAGGAAGCUCUAGAGGAAGUUGAAAUUUUGAAAGUUGAGCUUGAAGCAUCUCAAAGACAGCUUGAAGGAAAAGAUGAAGCCCUAAGAAUUCUGCAGAGCAUGGCAGUAUUUAAUAAAGCCACUAGUCAUACAAAAGCAAUGCUUCAAAAAACUGAGGAAGAAAAGAGAACUUUAGAAAAGGAAAUCAAUAUUUUGCAAUGGGAAAUUGAAUUUGAUCAGGAUAGAUUUAAAAACAUAGAAGACACAUGGACAGAAAAAUAUGACAGGAUAUAUUGUGAAAAUGCAGCUCUUAAGGAAGCACUGAAACUGAGAACAGAAGAAGUUAAAACACUUAAAGCUGAAAAUGCAAUCCUGAAUCAGCAGUGCUUGGAAUUUCUUGCAAUGCUAGAUGUGAAACAACAGAAAAUUGUUCAGGAAAACAUGUCCUUGAAUAAAAGUGACAUUACAGAUUUUACAGGUCUUGAACUGGCAGUUCUUGGAGCCUGCACCUGCAACACUUCUGGAGGGCAACCUUGUCCCUGCGCUAAAAUGGCAGCUGUAACUCGAAAGCAGCUCCUUCAGCUCAAGCAAGAGAUGGAAAAUCUGAAGAAGAGUAAAGAUGAAGCUUAUGUAAUGGCAGAUGCCUUCAGAAUUGCAUUUGAGCAGCAGCUAAUGCAGAGGAAGGACCAAGCCCUGAGGCUUGCAGAAGUGAUAAAGAUUAAGAAGGAAACGAAAUUUAUAAACUGGAGACGUCUGAAAGACGAUGGACGUGUCAAGUUACAAGGGAACAAGAACAGUCUGGGUCAAAAGCUAGCAGGCCUGCUGUCAUCCCAUGUGGACUGUAGGAAGGUUGAAGAGCUGGACAAUCCUCAUGAAAUCCUGAAGAUGUUAAUAGAUUUGGUAAACGACAAAGAGGAGGCUCUGGCUCAUCAAAGAAAGGUUAGUUACAUGCUAGCUCGUGCAAUGGAGAUGAAGGAGGAUGUUUUGGAACAGGAUAGUGGAAGUGGCAUGCUGGGGAGUCAUCAGUACAAAGCCCAAGGGUUAUGGGGCCCCAUACACGCCUGCCGCCAAAACCUCUGUUCUCCAAACAGCGUUUCUCCAGUUCCCAGUGCAAAACCAGUUGAAAAUACAGUAAAAGUGCUUCGAAAAUCACGCUCCUGGCCACCCGAGACUACACACUAUGAAGAAAGUAAUCCACGAGUCAAAUCAGACAAAACUGUAGUCAUCUCUAUAUAG